AAUAGAGCGAGAACAGAGGUGGUGUGAGUGAGGAAGGGAUCGGAGGGAAGAGAGAAAGACAUGACAAAAAUAUCAAAAGGCAGAAAGCACGCCGUACCAUGCGAGCCAAACUGGCGACCGACGGGAUCGAGGAUGUCGGAUUAAUGGUGACGACCGCAGCCCGUUUUCGCAGAGGAAGCUUCUCUAUCGCAACUUGGGCGCAGAGGGUCCGCGGGGAAACAUGGCCGAAGGAGGGCCGGGUAAAGGUGGCGGUGGCGGUGGCGCUGGCCGAGAAGACCCCGCCAAGUUCACCGAGCAGGAGGAGAGGACUCGAGCCCAGGUCCUGUCCGGAUCGGGCUUCUGCAAGUGGUUCAACGUCCGGAUGGGCUUUGGAUUUAUAUCAAUGACAAACAGCGCGGGGAGCCCCGUCGACCCGCCUCUGGAUGUUUUCGUCCACCAAAGCAAACUGGUGAUGGAGGGUUUUCGCAGCUUAAAGGAGGGUGAGCAAGUGGAGUUCAUCUACAAGAAGUCCUCUAAGGGCCUGGAGUCCCUGCGGGUGACCGGACCUGGUGGAGGACCUUGUGCGGGCAGUGAGAGGAGACCUAAAGGGAAGGUUCCACUCCUGAAACGUAAACCAAAGGGAGAUCGCUGUUAUAACUGUGGAGGUCUGGAUCACCAUGCCAAGGAGUGUGGCCUGCCCCCCCAGCCAAAGAAAUGCCACUACUGCCAGAGCAUCACUCACAUGGUAGCCCAGUGUCCCCACAAGGCGCUGGCACCCGCCACAGGCUCUCAGGACCAACAAGCGUCUACCUCGGCCUCCGCUCCAGGCACGGGGCCUCACCUCUGCCUCCCUGAGGAGGAAGAGCGCUCCGGUUCGUCUCCCCUGGAGGGGUCCUCCUCGUCACCCGAGGAGCCACACACACACCGCAGCUCACGGACCCAAAGGUGGAGGAAAUCCUGAAAAUGUUCUGUCGAGGUGAACUUUUUUCCCCCCCAACACACAGCCUCUGACCAUCGUGUCUACCUUCAGUCAAGGUUACCCGAAGCCCCCCUUCCUCCUCGUCUACCUCACACUUGUGAAAAAAAAAAAAAAAUGGGAGUUUUUUUUAAUUAUUAUUAUUAUUUCUUUUAUUUUUCAUUGUGUUAUUUUUCUAACCAGCACAGCUGUGGCAGCGAUCAGCGGGGUACGGACGUGCAUGAAUGUGUGCGACUGACUUGCAGUCAUCUGGUGCAGCUAUGGAAACGACUGCUGGAAAGGUGACUGCAGGGAAUAAUUCUUUGUUUCAAUCUGUGCAGCUCAAUGGUGAAAUGUCAUUUGUGUGUAGGUUUUGAUGACUGUGUUGUUUCUGCUCCCCCUCGGACCUGAAGGGUGGCUAUUUUAAAAGCCUCCUUCCUGCUUAUUUUGCAAACUGAAAGCCACAACUUUAUACUGUAAGCCUAAUCAUUCAGAGAGAGAGAGAGAGAAACAAAUCCUUAUUGCAUCUUCACAGCACACAUGGUAGCUCAUUUUAAAAUGGAUUAGGGAACAACUCUUAAGAGCAUGAGUUCCUCUAAGUAAUAAUCCAGACCCACAGGACUUUUAGCCUGGCUUCUAGAGAUCUUUUGGGGAAACUUAAUGCAUUCCUGAGGGGUCGUUUUAAAAGCUGCUGAGCUGCUAGAGUACGUUUUCUCUCACUUCAAAACCCUCGAUACAUAUCGCUGGACCAACUGAUUGUUGAAGUGUGAGCAAGUGCAAGACUGAGAACAAAGAGGGAGAGUGUGUGCGUUUCAUCGAUACUCCGAAAGAAAUCAGAAUAGUCAAACUGGAGAACUGUCUUCUUCAUGGGCGAAUCAUGGCUGUUAAAACUCCACCGUUUUCCUAUUAUCACAGAUAGAUGCGUAUUAUAAAAGGCAAAUAUAUAAUUAGUCUAGAUAAUAGUUUAGAUUUUAAGUAAAGGCCUUAUCAUUAGACUUCCAUUUUGGUUGUUGCAUAAUUAGUUUAAAGUAGUUUUUAAUAUAUAUAUAUGUAAAGUUACAAGAUAUAAUUAAAAUUAUAUUAACAUUAAGUAAGCGUAUAUAAAGACUUGGCUCUGAUAGGUGCACAGCCCUGUUUUAAGUGCGUGGGAUACAUCGUGGUGUGUGAAAAUUCUCCCUCUUUACCCAUUUUCUAUGUAGACAAUUCCAUUUUUGUACUUCACUCUUUCUCAGACCGAUUAGUUUAUACAGUCCCUUGCAAAAGUUUUAACACCCCUUUAACUUUUUACAUGGAUUGUUGUGUAACAACUGCACGCCUCAGCACAUUUAUUGGGUAUUUUAUGUGCUUGACCAGCAUAGAAUGGGGGAUAUUUCAGAUCUAAUAAGUUAAAAAAAAAAAAUUGCAGAGUGUUUGUAUCCAGCACCCCUGAGUCGAUAGUUUUUGCUGUGAUUAAAGGUGCAAGUCUUUAGUGGUGUGUCGCAGCCACACAAUAUAUCUAAUGGGAAUUGCAAUAUGCAGUGUUUGAAUUGUCUGGUUUCGAAAGUCCCAAUUUCAAAUGAUUCCUUGGAUGGAACUUUUGGUGGAAUAUAAUUUUUCAGGUACCAGUCAGUCAAUUUCUGCAUGCCAGCAAUUUAUUUGGCCAACUGUAUGAGAAUGUUGUUAAUUUUUAACGACAAUAGGAAAAAAAAAAAAAAAUCAGGAAGUUGGCUUGCCACAGUUUCUCAACUUGAUUUUGCUCUGGUCUUUGACUAGGCCAUUCUAGCACACAAAUAUGCUUUGAUCUGAACGAUAGGAGCUCUGUCUGUGUGUUAAGUGUCAUCUUGUUGAAAGGUGAUCCUCAAGGAUCCAGUGGGUUUUUUUUUCCUGGACUAUCCCAUAUUUUAGCUCCAUCCAUCUUCCCAUCAAAUCCUUCCAAGUUCUGUAAGAUAGAUUUUUUGAGAGUUGUCAGACUGAAGGGGGGCUGAAUACUAAUACACAUCACACUUUGUAGAUUCUUAGAUAACCAUAUACUGUAUAUGUCUUACUCCUGCCCUUUCACAAAAAACCCUAAUGAUAUUCAUUGAAGUUGUGUCAAAGUUUAAAGGGCAUAACACAUUUGCAAGGUACUGCAUGGUCACAGCACAAAACUCCCCUUGAAGAUGUAGUUUCUAGCAUAACCUCAUUACCAUAGCUGCUUUACUCACAUAAUACCUCACAACUUCUUCCUUCGGGAAGUGAAUGUCGAUAAUGUCUGCUCUCUUAGUGUUUUUUUAAAAAUGUUUUCCAGUAAAGUCGAACCAUAUUUUCCUCAUCCGUCAGUGCCUAGCGUUUGUCAGUCAGCACCAGUCAGGUGAUGGGAUGACGUCGCUGCUGCUGCUGCUGCUCCAGUCUCAAAACAAUGGAGGGAGAAAUAGCCGGACGGAUUGGUAUAACGGCUUCGGUAUAACUUGAAUCCCAAGCAUGGCUUUAGUGGCACUUACUGACCCUAACAACUCUUCUCUGACCAUACUGAAUGUGAAAAGAGCUCAUCUGAAGUCGACUCCUCACAAAGUUCACGUAAGGUCGCUUUGGAGUUGUAUCUUAAUGUUCUGACAAAUCAAAUAACUUUGUACAAGUAUAUCAAACUGGCAUGUGGGCUUUUGAAAAGCUCUGUAAAGACAACCAACCUUUUUGGUAUAUUUCUGUACCAAAGAGGUUUGGCUUUUUUGUUUGUUUGUUUUUCCUUUUCUUGAAGGCAUUUAAAGUUAAGACUUGCUGAAGUGCUUGCUUUUUCGGAAAUAGAGCAGCUUCUUCCUGAAAGUGCAGCAAAGUGUUUUCUAAAUAAUAUACAGCUUUGAAUGUGUGAGUGCGUUGAAAAUCAAACAACAAAUGCAGCUUGACAGAAAAAGAAAACAAAAAAACGGUGGUUGACCAAACUGCAACUCAUGCUUAAAUCUCUAUGGAAACAUCUUUUUGUAUGACAUAUUUUUUACAUUUUUACACACAGCUCCUCUCAGGAUGAUGAACUCGUCUCAGGGAAUUAACCAAAAAAAAAGAAAAGAAAAAAAAAGCAAAGAAAAAAAAAAGCAAAGAAGUGUUUAUUAUUCUUUUGGGAAUCAUCCACUGACGGACUCCACAAACUCUUAAGCAAUGGCGAAGAGACAUAUAACUAGUUCAAGUACUGAUGAUAGCAACUACCUCCUGAGUUACACAUAGCUGUUGGUUUCUGGGGUUUUUUGUUGUUAUUUUUUAAUCGAGCUGUAUUACUUUUAGUCUGUAUAGUAAUCGUCUUAGACAGUCUUUUGUGUUGCCACAGAUUUCCCCGUCUUCCUUUCCAGAUUUAAUAAUUUUUUUUUCUUACUGGAAAACUAUUGCUUUUUUGUUUACAGCAACAAAAAAAAACCUACCUCAUUAGCGCUAUUCCUCGACAAGCUCCUUAACUUCUCCCAGGUCGCAUGCCUCCUCCAUGCAGUUUUUUUUAUUAUCAUUACUUUGUGUCCCGAUGGUUUUAAGAAAUCAGCCCUGAUGUGGCUUUUCACUUGUUUCUCCGUCAUUUAUUACCGUUGGUUUCUUUUUACUUGCCGCUUUUCCUAAACCCUUCGCAAGACCUCAAAUCUGCGAGUAAUGAGUGAACAACCAUUACUUUGCACAAAGGCAGUGAGUUUACCUCAGCUUGUUGGGCUAGCUAUUCACAAAUGUAAUAUUUCAUGGUUGUGAAACUCAUUUUUAAGAUACUACGACUGUUUUUUUGACUCUGCAUUUUAUCGUAACUGGGUUUUUUUUAUAACCACUUGAUGAUUUGCCUAACGAGAAAGAAGAAUAGAUUUGCACUUGAGCAAAGAUUCCCUGUGUUUUUUGUUUUCAUCAGUUUGAUUUGUUACCAAAUAGAUAUUAUUACCUGUUUGCAGGCUCCAUGGUAAUGGUCUUAGUCAGCCAUUUUCACAGCUCAAGAUAAUCAAAAGUUGUUUCUGUUAGAUAUUGCUAAUUGAUGUUAAUGAUUACAUUCGUGCAAGCUUAUUUGCUUUAUAUAUACUGGAGACAAUAACAUUUACUCUUAAAAAUCAGUAGGUUUUGUACUAAAUGUGAUUUGUUUUCAUUUAGUGACAUUCCUAAAAGUGUUUUUGAAUUCAAGAGAUUAAACGUUGCGUAUAAAAGCAGUAUUACUCUUCAAAAUCAACUGAGAAAAUGACUGUGUUCCAGUGGACCUGCACAUGGGACAGAAAGCUUGUUUAAAUGAGCUCUGGGAUGUAUACACAAACAUGAUUUUCCAGUGUUAUUGUUCGCUUUAUCAUUUGAUCUUGAUCAGUUUACAGUGCUUUGAAAAACUCUCUCCUGUACUCCUGGUUUUAGAUUUGUUUUUCACAUCUAAAUGUUUCAGAUCAUCAACGCAAUUUUCUUAACAAACAGAGUAAAUCCAGACAGCAGUUUCCCAAACAAUUGAAUUAAGGGAGGAUGUCUAUAGAGCCCCCCGUUUAAUCAUAUCUGUAAUAAUUUACAAUUUCUGGUUCAGGUUCUGCUGCCACACCCUGGCCACAACUGAACCCGUCUGAUGACAAGUACAAUCUCACAAAUCAUCACAUCCUGCCACAAUUUAAAACAAUUCAAGAGCAAAAAAAAAAAAAAAAUCAUUAGCACCUAUCAGUUUGUAUCCAUUUCUAGUGCUUUGAGAUUCCAGUAGUUAACAGCCAGACCUGUGAUUCGCAAACGGAGAAAAGGAAGAAGAAAAUUUAACCUUCCCUGGGAUUGAGGGGCAGCCUACAAAAAUCACUCCAAGAACACACCAACACUUAUCCAGGAGGUCACAAAAAACUGAUUUAGUGUUUGAAUGGGGAUACAUUCUUAUCUCUGCCAGAAGAUCUUGUAGGAGAAUGUCCUACAAGAGCAGGAUGACGAUCUAAUGCAUGCUAACAACUCCAAUUCAGAAAUACAAAAUGGAGGUUAUGGGAACGUCCAUAACCUUCAUGGACGAUCACACUGGUUAAAGUGUGAUUGAGAUACCUUAGACUGCAGUGUGUGCCUAGAAAAUAAAGAUUCUUUGCAAACACUUAGUGGCAGUUGCUGCUGUCUAGGAUGUCACAGCAAGGCAUUAUAGAUAGAAGCGAAAAUAUUUUCCCACUGAAUAAAUGAAGGCUUAAUUUCAAAACUUAAUUUUGUAUUUAUUUCAAUUAUGUUUAUCUAUUAUAUAGAGGAUCUGAAACAUUUAGGUUUGCCAAAAAAAGUUUAAAAAUUUGUAAGAAAUCUGUUGGGGGGGAGGGGGGAGGGGGUAUCUAUUAAAAAGCACUGCAACUACUGACUAAUGUAUUUGUUGGCACAAAUGAACAAUGUGUGGUUUUUAAAGGCAGCAUAAAGUGUAAGACAUUUCAGUCUUCAGUUUUUUUUUCCUCUUAUGCAUUGCUAUUUUCUCAACUGCCUUAAGUAUUGCAUUAUGUGUACGUUGAAAAGCAUAAAACAUGUAAUCAUAAAAAAUGUUGAUUCUGCAUAUGGCAAAUGAAAAUCUGGUGAUGUUAAAUGACAUUUAAAGACAUAACAGAGGAAAAAGUUUAAAGGAUUCCAAGCAAUUUUUUGUGUUUUUUGAUUAAGAAAUUGCAUUGAGGAGCAUCAUACUCAACAACUAUUUCUUAUUUUUAUUUUUUUUACAAAGCUACAAGAAAAAGGCCUUUGUCCUCAUUGGCAAUGUAAAGAAAAUUAUUUAUUUAAUUCUUUGUUUGCAAAGUACGCCCCUUUUAUCUCAAAUAAAUCUUGUUUUAUUUGAGAUAGUUAGGAUUCUUUAUAGUGCUUCUUCUCCAAAAUGCCCUUGAUCGUUUGAAUUGGUUCAUUAUUUUGUGAAAUUUAUUGCCUUGUAAUUUUUAUAGACCACUAAGAUAGAGGACCCAGUGUUAAACUCACCUCUGUCUGGCAGAAAUAAUUCUUCAAAUCCUUUAAAAUAACUCUUUAGCUGUAUUUGUUGGACAUUUCUUAUGUCAUUGCCUAUUGAUGGAGAAGAACCUUCAAUUUCUGUCUAGACAUGCAGCUCACUUCAUUUGGAUUUGAAGAGUUUGUGUGAAAAACAUUUGACCUUUGACCUUAGAAAUGUUGAUUUUUUUUUAGUGUUUUGAGUCAAAAGUAUAACCCCUAAGGUUAAGAUAUUGAUUGGGAUAGUCAAAGCUCAUGGAACAGCCUCGAGCCUGAUAUAAUACAUUCAUAGAAUGUUGUGAAAAUUGCUGAUAUAAACCAUUUAUUAGCACUUUUGUGUUGUUUACAUCUCAAUAAACCAGUGGUGUAUAUAUAGUGCUGUAAAAUGUCUAUUUGAAAUAUUUUUUCUUUUAUGUGUUUGAACACUUAAAAUGAACAAAGAUAAAUUAAUAGCUUGUGGUAUGUAGGACCAACGCAAUUAUUAAAUCCCACUGGUUUUCUGACUUGCAACUAGAACACACUCAACUCGGGUGUGGCAUCAUUCCCAGCUACGAGUUCUGACUCCCGAGACAAACACAGCAGUAUUUAUCAGAUAAUCAAUUACAAUACGACCAGAGAAAAUAUUGCAGAGCAGGAAACUGCUGAGUAAACCCAACUUUGUAUGCAUCAAACAGCACAAUGCAUGUUUUAAGGUUUUGGACUACAUUUUAUCCCCCAAAAAGUCCUUAUUGUCUCAGCAUCUCUGUGUAACAAAGUUGGGCACCAAACUAGCUUCUGUAGUAUAUAUAUAUAUAUAUAUAUAUAUAUAUAUACAUAUAUAAACUAAGCUGGCCAUCUUUAUUUGAUUAAUUUCAUUACAAUGUUUUCUCAGUAGAGCUGAAAAUGGCUACAUAGUGGCACCUAUUUGGCAUUCUAAACAUCACUUAAUGACAUUUUAGCUAUGUAUGUAAGUUAUCAUAAAGUUAUCAUAAUGCAUAAAAUAUUCACUUAAAUUUUUAAGUAUCUAUAAGUACAUUUUUUUUAGAUAACUUUCUUUGUUUUAAAAACAUUUGUGCAAUUUUGUCCACCAGAAUUAUAAAAGCCAGUGGAAGUUAGCGCAAGUCAAAGAGAAAACAGUAUUUUAAUUUACCUACGUCACAAUAUUUUACUUCAGAUAAAUUGGUCUUGGCAAUGAAUGCAUUCUCUAAAUGUUUUUGUUUGUGCCUCAAACACCCAUUUAUAAGUUCAAAUUCUUUGAAUAUUUUUAUUUUUUAAUGAUAAAUGUAAGAACUUAAAUAUCCAGAGCAGUGAGUUACCAAUCGCCCCUAGGCAUACAGAAUGUACAAAGACAUGAUGCAGGGCAGGGAAUUGCUGGACAAAUAUACUGGACUUCACAUACCUCAACUGCUGCCGUUGACAGCUGAUCUGUGUUUAGAUACAAUAUGCUCUUCCUUUUUGUCUUUUAUUGUAAUAAACCUACUUUCAGAAGUGUGUGUGUAAAAGCCGUAGCCGAACGUUGUACCUCUUGGGGACCUUUUUAAAUUCAGCCAAGUGCAGAUCCUUUUAUGCACUGAUGAAUAACCUCACUGUUUCCAUGUUUGUAGGUGUUUUUAAUCUCUACAUUGUGUCCAGAGAGUCUUUAUGCUCCGCUUCUGUUAAAUUAAAGCACUGACUGCUUUUGAACUGGGAAAAUGUUCCUCAGUCAUUAUUUCAGUCUCAUUAUUGGUCUACUGCUUUUUUUUUCUGUGAAGUCCGAGUUGGAUUUUUAAAUGUCUUUAACGUUUCACUUGACUGGAAAAUAAAACAAUCACAACAACAUUAAAGCAUGCGUUAUUGCUCCAAGAUGUUCAGAUAUCAGUAAACAAAUCUCAGAUUCUGUAUCUCGAUACAUCUGUGCACUGGUAUCAUUUUGUAGCCUAACAAAGCCUGUUUUGUUGUAAAGGAAAGGACAUUUUAGAUUUUACACAUCGUCAAAAAUGUUAUUCAAAUUCAUUAAUACAUUGUAGCUAUGAAGAUAGUUAUUUCAACAAAUCAGUGCUGAAGAAUGUGGCAUUUUUUAAAAGCCUGAUGUACACAAAGGAAUAAAAGUCUGCUGUAUACCG